AUGUGCAAAUUACAGAGCUUGUUAUAUCUAGAUUUGUCAAACAAUAUUUUGGAGUCUGAAAUUCCUCAAUGUUUUGACGGCAAACAGAUACAAUUUCUUCUGCUCAGCAAUAACAGUUUAUCUGGAAAAUUCCCAGCAUUCUUGCAGAAUAGCACAAGGCUGAAGUUCUUGGAUCUUGCAUGGAACAAGUUCUCUGGAAGGUUACCUACAUGGAUAGGAGAGUUGUGGAAGUUACGUUUUCUACUAUUGAGCCACAGUGCACUUUCUGGUACUAUUCCAGUCGAAAUAACAAAUCUUGGGUAUCUUCAAUUUUUGGAUCUAUCGGUCAACAACUUCUCUGGUCCUAUACCAUUGCAUUUGUCAAAGUUAACAUUUAUGAAAAAUUUACAAGAGCAAUUCAUGCCUAGGUCUGAUAAUCGAGGCAUACAUUUAAAUAACAUUCAAUUGGUUUCUCCAACAUUUGGCGCUGGUCACCUAGCAGAAAUAUUGUCAGUAAUUACUAAAGGACAAAAACUUAUCUAUGGUAGCACAAUUGCAUAUUUUGUGAAUAUAGAUUUAUCAAGCAACUCCCUGACUGGUGAAAUUCCCACAGACAUCACUUCCCUUGUUGCACUCAUUAAUUUGAAUUUAUCAUCGAACCAAUUGAGUGGACAAAUUCCAAACAUGAUUGGCGCUGUGCAGUCAUUGGUAUCUCUCGACCUCUCUCAGAACAAGCUUUAUGGUGAAAUCCCAUUGAGCUUGUCAAGUCUGACAUCUCUGAGCUACCUGAACCUGUCCUACAACAGUUUGUCUGGAAUGAUACCAUCUGGCCCCCAACUUGACAUCCUCAAUUUGGACAGCCAGUCACUUAUGUACAUCGGCAACAGUGGACUUUGUGGGCCUCCUGUCCAUAAGAAUUGUCCAGGAAAUGAUUCUUCCAUCCAUGGUGAUCUCAAAAGCAGCAACGAAGAAUUUGACCCACUGACGUUUUACUUUGGUCUUGUGCUGGAAUUUGUGGUGGGGCUCUGGAUGGUGUUUUGUGCACUACUGUUCAAGAAGACAUGGAGAAUUGCUUAUUUCCGGCUCUUCGACAAGGUGUACGAUCAAGUCUAUGUAUUUGCGGCUGUGAAGUGGGCAAGCUUCGCAAAGAACACAGAUGCAGAAUAAGCAAUUAUUCUGAAGGAGGCAGUGUAUGUGCUGCAACCCACUGAACCAGAGCUCUGGACUAUUAACCAGGGUGUGGUAGAUCUUCAGCAGCAUUUGUUAUAUUGUGUGCCAUGUUUGUACCUCUAAAUAAAGAUGAAGAUGUCUAGCUCUUCAGAUACAUUUAUGAAUUUACUAUUGUCGAACUAUUGUGGUAAAUGUAAGACUUAAUAUUAUUUCGUAAUUCUGACACAUCUAAGACUUUACUAUUCUUCUGGGAUGUACUCCCUCCGUUCCUAAAUAUUUGUCU